ACCACACAUCAAGGAGGAGGGCUGCAGAGCUCUCUGCCCCUCAUUACAUAGUACACAAUACCUUCCGCCAAUCUUCUCACCUUUCUUUUCUCUUCUUCGAUACCCACUUUUCACCGGCCGGCCGCAAGUACUGCCCGCCAAUUUUCCUCACGCUUUUUCUCGGCUCCCACACCACUCAAAUUUUUCAUCCUCCCACCCUGCACUCGCGGCUACGCAAGUGCACCCAAGAAAAAGAAGAUGCCUCCCAAGAAAGCCGUCGUCGAGGAGAAGCUCCUGCUCGGCAGGCCUGGCAACAGUCUGAAGAGCGGUAUCGUCGGCCUUGCCAACGUUGGUAAAUCCACUCUCUUCCAGGCCAUCACCAAGUGCUCGCUUGGUAACCCCGCCAACUUCCCCUACGCCACCAUUGACCCCGAGGAGGCGCGCGUCAUUGUCCCCGAUGACCGCUUCGAUGACCUCUGCAAGAUGUACAACCCCAAGUCGAGGGUCCCCGCCGACCUGACCGUCUACGACAUCGCUGGUCUUACCCGCGGUGCCUCGACUGGUGCUGGUCUGGGUAACGCCUUCUUGUCGCACAUCCGCGCUGUCGAUGCCAUCUUCCAGGUCGUGCGAUGCUUCGACGACGCUGAGAUUAUCCACGUCGAGGGUGACGUUGACCCCAUCCGUGACUUGGACAUCAUCAGCGAGGAGCUCCGCCUCAAGGACAUUGAGUUCACCGAGAAGGCGCUUGAGAACCUCGUCAAGCAGACAAGACGUGGUGGUCAGUCGCUUGAGAUGAAGAAGCUCAAGGAGGAGCAGGCUACCGUGGAGAAGAUCCUCGCCAUGCUGAAGGAUGGCAAGGACGUCCGCAAGGGCAACUGGGGCCCCAAGGAGGUCGAGACCAUCAACCCUCUCUUCCUUCUCUCAGCCAAGCCUGUUGUCUACCUCGUCAACUUGAGCGAGAAGGACUACAUCCGCCAGAAGAACAAGCAUCUGCCCAAGAUCGCUGAGUGGGUGAAGACAAACGCCACCGGCGACCCCGUCAUCCCCAUCUCUGUUCAGCUCGAGGAGCGCCUGGCGGUCAUGUCUGACGCGGAGAUGACCGAGGAGUGCAAGACCCUCGGCACCAAGUCGGCCCUCCCCAAGGUCAUCAUCACUAUGCGCAAGGCUCUCAACCUCGGCAGCUUCUUCACAACCGGCGCCGAUGAGGUCAGGCAAUGGACAUUGCGCAACGGCACCAAGGCGCCCAAGGCUGCUGGCGUCAUUCACGGUGACUUCGAGAAGACGUUCAUCCAGUGCAUUGUCUACAACUACACCACGCUGAAGGAGUUCGGCGAUGAAGCUUCGGUUAAGGCACAGGGCAAGAUCAUGACUAAGGGCAAGGAGUACAUUGUUGAGGAUGGUGACAUCGUGCUCUUCAAGGCCGGUGCGGCUAAGUCAUAGAGCGAUGGUGGGAUCUGGACGAGCGCGUCCUGGGUAUGAUAAAAACUAUACCCUUUUACGCGUCACAUGAAAAGCGGAAAAUCUGCGACAAUGAAUGAAGAAAUGUUUACAACUACU